AUGAAGAGCAUUUGGGUUGGAAUAAAGCAUGGGACAUUGCUUGCAACUGGCUUGCAAGCAUAUGCAGCAGAUCCUGACCUUCAACAAGAAUGGAUGAUGGUUAAGAAGGUUAACAAAAUGAGGCUCGCUGAGUACAUUGAAGCAAUGAGUGGUGUGAAGGUCAGUUUAGAUGCAAUGUUUGAUGUGCAGACAAAGCGAAUACACAAGUACAAAAGGCAGCUGCUUAAUAUACUUGGCAUUAUCCAUCGAUAUGAUUGUAUCAAGGGAGCUAUCACCUCCAACAUUGUGCAUGCCUAG